AUGGUCGUUUAUGGUGGAAAUUUUGGAGGAGAUGGGUACAAUAGGGGUGGGUCUAGAAGAGGGCACGAUGGCGGUGGACAUUUGAACGGAAGAGGAUAUGGAAGCGGUGGAUUUGGAGAUGGAUACGGUGGUAGUGGGCGUGGCAGUGCCGGAUAUGGAAACAACCGAUUUAGAAGAGGAAAAGGCAGUGGUGGUUAUGAUAAUAGUGGAUCUCGAGGUGGGCUUGAAAGUAGUGGAUACAGAAGCGGACAUAAAAGAGGUAGUGAGUAUGGAAGUGGUGGAUUUGAAAGUGGAUACGAUAAUGGUAAAUAUGGUAGUAGUAACUCUAGAGGUGGCAAAGGAGGAGGUGGCUAUGGUAGCAGUGAAUCCAGAGGUGGUUAUAGCGUCAGUGGAUUUAGAGAUGGCCAUAGAAAUAGUGGAUUUGGAAGUGGUCAUAGUAGCGAUGGAUAUGAUAGUAGGGGUGUUAGAGCUGGUAAAGGAGGAAGUGGCUAUGGAGGUGGUAUAUUUGGAAGUAGUCACAGCAGCAGUGUAUUCAGAAAUGGCAAAAUAGGAAGAACUUACAGUAGUGGCGGGUUUGGUGAUGGACACGGUAGUAGUGGAUUCAGAAGUAACAGUGGAGGAAGUAGCUACAGUAUUGGUGGUUCAGGAAGCAGAUUUAACAGCGGGCAUAGGCAUAGUGGAUUUGGAGGUGGUGGAUUCGGAAAUGGUGAAUAUUUUAGUGGAGGCUUAGGAAGGUUUGGAUUAAGCGGAAGCUACAAUGGAAAAGAAGGAAGUAACUUUGGUAGCUUUAUUACAGGAAAAAGGGGGUUUGGCUUUGGUUCUGACAGUAAUAGGUUUGGAGGAUUUAGUGGAACUGGAGGAUACGGAAACAGCUUUGGAAGUGGAUUUGGUGGAAGUAGCUUUAUUAAUGGUUAUGGAAAGACUUUUGGAAGAGGAGGAACAAGAGAAUUUGGAGGAAUAAAUGGUGGUUAUGGUGGAUGGUGA